CCGGUUCUUACGGAGGAGGACACCGGGUUCCCGAACUCCUACCCGCCGUCUGAAAGAGAGAAACGCCGGCUUGUCACGCUCACUCAGCGGAACACCGAGUUCAUCCCAGAAGAAGGUGUGGGCGCAGUAUAGAACCGGGCCAGGACCGUGUGGUACCGCUGGAAGCAGGGGAGGGAGGGGGAUCAAGCCCGAAUCCACAGCGAGUUACAGCGAGCCGGGUCAUCCGGACCGAGACCUCAUGAAUGGAAAUCGGAACAACAGGAGCCAACACCUUGUUUACGUUGCCACGGCGACCUGGAUAUGGCUCCAUCGGAAAGCCCAUCAAGCUCCUGGCCAACUGCUUCCAGGUGGAAAUCCCUAAAAUCGACGUCUACCUGUACGAGGUCGACAUCAAGCCGGAGAAAUGCCCCCGACGGGUCAACAGGGAGGUGGUGGACUCCAUGGUGCAGCACUUCAAGGUGACGAUCUUCGGCGACCGGCUGCCGGUUUACGAUGGGAAGAGGAGUCUCUACACGGCGAGUCCACUUCCUGUCGCCACAGGCGGGGUGGACCUGGACGUCACGCUGCCGGGCGAAGGCGGGAAGGACCGCCCGUUUAAGGUCGGCAUCAGGUUCGUGUCGCUGGUCAGCUGGCACCUGCUGCACGAAGUCCUGACCGGACGCAGCGUCCCCGAGCCGCUGGACCUGGACAAGCUGCUCAGCACCAACCCGGUUCACGCCGUGGACGUCGUCCUGCGACACCUGCCCUCCAUGAAGUACACCCCGGUGGGCCGGUCCUUCUUCUCCUCCCCUGAGGGCUACGACCACCCGCUGGGCGGAGGCCGCGAGGUUUGGUUCGGCUUCCACCAGUCGGUGCGGCCCGCCAUGUGGAAGAUGAUGCUGAACAUUGAUGUUUCAGCCACGGCCUUCUACAAGGCGCAGCCCGUCAUCCAGUUCAUGUGUGAGGUGCUGGACAUCCACAACAUGGACGAGCAGCCGCGCUCCCUGCCGGACUCACAUCGAGUCAAAUUCACCAAAGAGAUCAAAGGUCUUAAAGUGGAAGUUACCCACUGUGGAAGCAUGCGGAGGAAGUACAGGGUGUGCAACGUGACGCGGCGGCCCGCCAGCCUGCAGACGUUCCCUCUGCAGCUGGAGAACGGCCAGACGGUGGAGCGCACCGUGGCGCAGUACUUCAGGGAGAAGUACAGCCUGCAGCUUAAGUACCCCCACCUGCCCUGCCUGCAGGUGGGGCAGGAGCAGAAACACACCUACCUGCCGCUGGAGGUGUGUAACAUCGUUCCCGGUCAGCGCUGCAUUAAGAAGCUGACUGACAACCAGACGUCCACCAUGAUCAAAGCCACGGCCCGCUCGGCUCCGGACCGGCAGGAGGAGAUCAGCCGCCUGGUCAGGAGCGCCAACUACGAGUCCGACCCGUUCGUCCAGGAGUUCCAGUUCCGGGUGCGCGAUGAGAUGGCUCAGGUGACGGGGCGCGUCCUGCCGGCCCCCAUGCUGCAGUAUGGCGGCAGGGUGAGCUCUGAACCCCUUAUGAACCGCACGGUGGCCACGCCCAGCCACGGCGUGUGGGACAUGAGGGGGAAGCAGUUCCACACCGGAGUGGAGAUCAAGAUGUGGGCCAUCGCCUGCUUCGCCACCCAGCGGCAAUGCAGAGAGGAAAUCCUCAAGAGCUUCACGGAGCAGCUGAGGAAGAUCUCUAAGGACGCCGGGAUGCCGAUCCAGGGCCAGCCGUGUUUCUGUAAGUACGCCCAGGGCGCCGACAGCGUGGAGCCCAUGUUCCGCCACCUGAAGAACACCUACGCCGGCCUGCAGCUCAUCAUCGUCAUCCUGCCUGGGAAAACGCCCGUCUACGCGGAGGUGAAGCGGGUGGGAGACACCCUGCUGGGCAUGGCCACGCAGUGCGUCCAGGUGAAGAACGUGGUGAAGACGUCGCCCCAGACGCUCUCCAACCUCUGCCUGAAGAUCAACGUCAAGCUGGGAGGCAUCAACAACAUCCUGCUUCCAAACCAGCGGCCGUCGGUGUUUCAGCAGCCAAUCAUCUUCCUCGGAGCGGACGUCACUCAUCCUCCAGCCGGCGACGGGAAGAAGCCGUCGAUCGCUGCGGUGGUCGGCAGCAUGGACGCCCACCCCAGCCGGUACUGCGCCACGGUCCGGGUCCAGAGGCCCAGACAGGAAGUGAUCCAGGACCUAGCCUCCAUGGUGCGGGAGCUGCUGAUCCAGUUCUACAAAUCGACCCGCUACAAGCCGACCCGGAUCAUCUUCUACAGAGACGGCGUGUCGGAGGGCCAGUUCAGACAGGUGUUGCACUACGAGCUGCUGGCCAUCAGGGAGGCGUGCAUCAGCCUGGAGAAGGAAUACCAGCCAGGAAUCACCUUCAUCGUGGUUCAGAAGCGCCAUCACACGCGGCUCUUCUGCGCAGAUCGCAACGAGCGAGUCGGCCGAAGCGGGAACAUCCCAGCCGGAACCACCGUGGACACGGACAUCACUCACCCCUACGAGUUUGACUUCUACCUGUGCAGCCACGCUGGCAUCCAGGGAACCAGCCGCCCGUCCCACUACCACGUCCUGUGGGACGACAACUGCUUCACGGCGGACGAGUUCCAGCUGCUCACCUACCAGCUGUGCCACACCUACGUCCGCUGCACGCGCUCCGUCUCCAUCCCCGCGCCCGCCUACUACGCCCACCUGGUGGCGUUCCGCGCUCGCUACCACCUGGUGGACAAAGAGCACGACAGCGCCGAGGGAAGCCACAUCUCAGGGCAGAGCAACGGCAGAGACCCGCAGGCGCUGGCCAAGGCCGUGCAGAUCCACCACGACACCCUGAGGACCAUGUACUUCGCCUGAGGGGCGGUUCUGAUCCGACCGCCGAGCUGCUGCCGACACCCGAUUGGAGCUGAUCGCCUCGCCGUGAGCGACUGCUAGAUCUAGCGCUUCAGAACUUGUUUGUGUUUUACUGCGGCGGCGUAUUACAGCCAUUUCAGAGGGAGAAGAGCAGUAAAUAUCCACCACACAACUCUGGAAUUUUAAGUUUUAGAAAAACAUUAAAGAAAAAAUUCCAUGUUUCCAAGUAAAAAAACUGGGAAUUUGAGUUAAAAAUGUCAAAAAUUUGCUACAGAAUGCUCAGAAAUUUUGAGCCUAAUCAAAAACAAAAUCUAGAAAAAAGUUGUCAGUUUUAUUGACACUUAAAUUUUUAUAACUCAAAAAAUUUUAAGUUUCUUAUAUUUAAAGUUUUUAAAUUUUGAGUUUCCAAAGUCAAAAAUAUUUAACUUUUACCCGUUUUCUCUGAUUCAAACAUUGAAAAUGUUUAAGUUUUAAAAUUAAGAAAAUGGAAAGUUUCAAUCUCCCUUUUUCCAAAUGUCUUGUUUUUUUAAUUAAGAAAACUUUCUGUCUUUAUACUAAAUUGACAUUUUUAAAUUUACUAAUUUAAAUGUACUUUUGAUCUUAAUUUUUUUUUUAUUUUCCUGAAGUUUUUGGUGGAAAUUUAUUAUUUACUCCUAUUUUUCCGAACCACUGUUGCCCUAAUACAUCGUUCUAUUUUUCUGAAAUUUAUUAUUUUUUUCUGAAUUUUUCACUGAAGUUCUCCUGAUUCGGAUCUUUGUUUCCGGGCCGGACUUGCAGAACUCCUCCGGUGCAAUAAGGUUUCCUGUCUGUGCACUGAAACGGUUUAUUAUGGCUGAACGCCGUCUUCUGGUUGGUCGUCUUUAUCAAAGUGCCUGAUUGGGUUAGAAGGUGAUCAGCUGGUACGAAAGGGAACAUUUUAAUUGGACGGAUUCUGCCCGACUUACAGAUGUUCAUAAUUUUAUUGUUUUCUGUGAAUUAAUCACCAAACUUUAGAUCUACGAUGCCAAACUGGUUGGUGUUUGUCUGCGGCGGUUUCAUUUCCUGUUGUCGCGUUUUAGCCUCACACCGGACUUUCUGACGGAGCAGCAGCGUCUCGUUAUGCAAUAAGGAUGAGAUUUGUGUGGCUCUCUGCCGCAGUGCUGCCGAGCCUCUGGACUUUAACCCAAACGAAGCCACCAGGGCUUCACCACUCGGACCAAACCGCCGUGCCUGCUCGCCGAUGGGCUCGCCGCGUCCAUCAGUCUGCUCGCGUCCGCUUUUACUUGAAGAAUAUUUGAAGUCGGUACCAACGUAUUGGACCGGUUGGCACUGAAACGGACCUCCAGAACCCGCAGGCAGGACGUUGUCUCACAGAUGCCUUUAAUCUCCUCCAGUUUAAGCAUUUUGAAUCCAUAUGAAGAUAUAUUUAUAAUUGAAUUAUGAACUAAAUGCACGUUUAGACACUUUCUAUUUAAAAAAAGAUAAAGUUUAUGAUAUUAAUGUUUAGAAAUCAAGAGGUUUUAAAUUUGAUCAAGCUGUCAGAUAAAAAAGCUGAAAUAUUUAAGUUUGUCGGUAGAAAAAUGGCUAAAAACUUUUAGUAUUUUAGAUUUAGACCUGAUUGGAUGAUAAAGAAUAAACUGUCCAAUCAGAUGAUGGAUGGUUGAAAUUCUUCUUUUUAACUCAAACUUCUCCAAACUUUCUUUAUGUCCCUUCCAGGACCUGCAGCUGUUUUUGAAACGGCACAGUUGUGAUUGGACAGUUUGAAUCCCCACCGUCCAAUCAGGUUAAGGUAUGAUAGAAGUGCUUUGAUCUGAGAGUUUUAGGUUCCUACGUUUUGGUAAAAUAGAUUUUUUGUUUUUAAAUAAAAUAUUCAAGUCGAUUUUAUCAAAAAGGGAUGAACAGUCAUUAAAAAAAAAGUUUAAAAAAACCCAAACUGAAACAAUCGAAUGUUUUUAUUUUUUAGUGAUUAUACGGAACUCCCUUAAUGACGACGCCUAGCGUUCUUAUUCUCUAUCAAUGAUAAUUUAAUCAUCUUCGACUUUGGAAAAAAAUAACUGACUCAUAUUUUAACCCUUUCAUGCAUGAAUUAUGAUUAUUGUGUCAGGAUUUUUUUAUUUUCUUCAUGUAUAGAAAUGGUAGGAACAUUUUUUUUAAUUAUUUUAUUUAUUUUAGGUGACCAAUUGUAAUUUUCUCCAAAUACAAAGUUAUUGGAAAAAUGCAUCAGUAGCACUGUUCUUUAGGGAUUAUCUGAUGUCACAAUAUUUUUUUACCUGCAAGAGUCGGACGAUGUGGGUCGGCCAUUUUGGAUUUAACAAAAAUUAUUUGUUGCAUUUGCAGCUGAUGGCCAGUAGUUGAUGGUGUAUUUAUGUUGCAUUAGUGUCCACUUCUGUGGUCUGUGUGCAUUUAUAACAGAAAAAUCCACUAGAAGCACAAGAACAUGGCUUUUAGAAAGCUGCCCACUGUAGUGACCACUGUGCAUGAAAGGGUUAAUAUAUUUUAAGAAAAUAAUAAAAUGUUGUUUUUUUUUUUGCUAAUUUCUGAAACUAAUCCAAUGUAUAAAACACUCGUUUGUCCAUUUUAUUUGCAGUUUGGUUAUGCAUUAUUUCAUUUAUCUCGUAAAAUUUAAGUGGUGCUUAUUAAAAAUUAAAAUCUGCUUCAGUUUCAAACUCCAGAACCAGAAAAUGGAUCAUUUCUUCACCAGAACGUUUUCCUCAGUGGUUCUGUUGUGAUUAGAGAGGGGAGGUUCUAAAGUUUACCGUCGGACCCGAGUGACCGUUCCGGACUUGUGCCUUUUGCUGAUGGUGCUGAUGAAGUUCUGGUUCUGUGACUCUGCUGUAACGUGUCCAUGUUGUAAUAUUUGUGUGAUGCCAAGUAAAUUAAAAAAAAUAUUAUGCAGAACUUGAAGGUUCAGAGCGGACCGGACCAAAAAAAAUUAAUAAAAGACGAUUGUGGAAACUUGAGUGGCCCGGUACCGGUUUGGAUGUCAUGUAGCAUUAUUUAUUUCACGGUUUCUGUGCGUGGGCUGCAGCGCCUCCUGGUGUCAUUUCUUCUUUGUUUUUAAUUAUCAGCAAUAACGGGUCAGAACUCUGCAGAGGGCCGUCGGCCUCGGUUUCUACAUGAAGGAGUAAAUCUCUGCAGGCUGCACUUAAAACAGACAUGUUUGGGUUUCUCUAUAUAUUCAUGUUGUAUCAUGAUACUGUAAAACUGGAUGGUCUGAUUUUUGAGCCUUUUUAUUUGUGCUAUUUAAUUUUUUUUGAAUAAAGAGAUUCAAACAA